AUGGAAAGAAAGAAAGGGAGAACACGGGAGAGAGACAGAUCACGGAAAGAGAUCGCGGAAAGAAAGAACAGGCAGAGACAGAUCACGGAAAGAGAUCAUGGAAAGAAAGAACAGGGAAAGAAAGAAUCAUGGAAAGAAAGAACAGGCAGAGACAGAUCACGGAAAGAGAUCGGAAAGAAAGAACAGGCAGAGGAAAGAGAUCGCGGAAAGAAAGAACAGGAGAGACAGAUCACGGAAAGAGAUCGCGGAAAGAAAGAACAGGCAGAGACAGAUCACGGAAAGAGAAGAAAGAAAGAACAGGGAGAGACAGUGGAGAAAAAGAUCAUGGAAAGAAAGAGGGAGAGACAGAUCACGGAAAGAGAUCGUAGAAAGAAAGAACAGGGAGAGACAGUGGAGAAAGAGAUCAUGGAAAGAAAGAACAGGGAGAGACAGAUCAUGAAAGAGAUCAUGGAAAGAAAGAGGGGAGAGACAGAUCACGGAAAGUGA